UUGGUACAGGUUGCGUGAGACUGCCCUGGGUGCUCGGGGUUUGGGAGCCAUCGGUGAGCACCCGCUGUGGGCACCGUUGCCUGCCCGAGACCCUGGGCAGGAGGACUCGGUGACCGUGGCAGCUGGUUAUUGGAAACCGUGGCAGCUGGUUAUUGGAAAUUUAGGAGAUGUGACCAUUUCCCCUCUCGCCAUUGAAAGAGGUCACACCAUAGGGAAGAUUCUUGUUGCAAACCGAGGAGAAAUUGCAUGCAGAGUGAUGCGAACAGCAAAGAAAAUGGGUGUGAAGUCUGUAGCAGUUUAUAGUGAAGCAGACAGAAAUUCCAUGCAUGUAGCAAUGGCAGAUGAAGCAUAUUGCAUUGGUCCAGCACCCUCACAGCAGAGUUACUUGGCCAUGGAGAAAAUAAUGCAGGUAGCCAAGAUCUCAGCAGCCCAAGCUAUUCAUCCAGGUUAUGGUUUCCUCUCAGAAAACACAGAGUUUGCAGAGUUGUGCAAGCAAGAGGGAAUCAUCUUCAUAGGUCCGCCUUCAUCUGCUAUCAGAGAUAUGGGUAUUAAGAGCACUUCCAAAGCUAUAAUGUCUGCUGCUGGCGUUCCUGUUGUUGAAGGUUAUCAUGGAGAAGAUCAAUCAGAUGAGUGUCUAAAGGAACAUGCCAAGAGAAUAGGAUAUCCAGUAAUGAUUAAAGCUGUUCGAGGAGGUGGAGGAAAGGGCAUGAGAAUUGCUCACUCAGAAAAGGAGUUUCUGGACCAACUAGAAUCAGCUAGGAGAGAAGCGAAGAAGUCUUUCAAUGAUGAUGCAAUGCUGAUUGAGAAGUUUGUAGAUAAUCCAAGGCACGUGGAAGUCCAAGUGUUUGGUGACCAGCAUGGCAACGCAGUGUAUUUAUUUGAAAGAGACUGCAGUGUGCAAAGGAGACAUCAGAAGAUCAUUGAAGAGGCACCAGGGCCAGGAAUUAAUCCUGAAGUUCGAAAGAGACUUGGAGAAGCUGCUGUCAAAGCAGCUAAAGCAGUGAGUUACGUGGGAGCGGGAACAGUGGAAUUUAUUAUGGACUCCCAACAUAAUUUUUACUUCAUGGAGAUGAAUACCAGACUGCAAGUAGAGCACCCAGUUACAGAGAUGAUCACUGGGACGGACUUGGUGGAGUGGCAGCUUAGGGUUGCAGCAGGAGAGAAGAUUCCCCUAAUGCAAGAAGAGAUUCUGCUCCAGGGCCAUGCAUUUGAAGCUAGAAUAUAUGCUGAAGACCCUAAUAAUAACUUUAUGCCAGGGGCUGGGCCGUUGUUGCAUUUAUCCACCCCACCACCUGAUAGGUUCACCAGGAUAGAAACUGGAGUCAGACAAGGUGAUGAGGUUUCUGUUCAUUAUGAUCCAAUGAUUGCCAAGCUGGUUGUUUGGGCUGAGGAUCGUCCAGCAGCGCUGAGAAAGCUGCGAUACAGUUUGCACCAAUAUAAUAUUGUAGGAUUAAGCACUAAUAUUGAUUUCUUACUGAGCCUGUCAGGACACCCACAGUUUGAGGCUGGAAACGUGCACACUAAUUUCAUUCCUCAACACCAUGAUGAACUAUUUCCAACCAAAAAGGCAACCCCACACGAAGUUCUGUGUCAGGCAGCUCUAGGACUCAUACUGAAAGAGAAAAUGCUAACAGAUGCUUUUAGAGAUAAGUCAGAUGAUAAAUUCUCACCAUUUGCAUCCAGCACUGGUAGAAGACUAAAUCUAUGUUACACUAGAAACCUGUCUCUGCUGGAUGGAGAAAACAUUGUGGAUGUAGCUGUAAGCUACAAUCAAGGAGGGUCCUACAACAUGCAGAUUCAAGAUAAAACAUUUGUGAUUUCUGGAGAGAUUGUCAAUGAAGGUGAAUCAGUUUACUUGAGGUCUUCAGUGAAUGGAACAGUGUGUAAGUCCAAACUGGUCAUCCUGGACAACACCAUUUAUCUCUUCUUUCCGGAAGGUAGUGCUCAGAUUGGCCUUCCUGUACCCAAGUACCUCUCUGCAGUGAGUUCAGUGGGAGUGCAAAGUGGUGCUGUAGCACCCAUGACAGGCACGGUUGAAAAGGUGUUUGUGAAAGCAGGGGAUAAGGUUCAAACUGGAGACCCUCUAAUGGUUAUGAUAGCUAUGAAAAUGGAGCAUACCAUAAGGGCUCCAAAGGCAGGCGUGAUAAAAAGGGUCAAUUUCCAAGAAGGUGCCCAAGCCAACAGGCAUGCUCCACUAGUUGAAUUCCUGGAUGAAGAGGCUGAAUCAAAAUAA